UUAUAUUACUAUAUUAUACACUUACUAGUUAGUAGUUACCAGCAAUUUUUAAUUGAUGAAAAUAAAACCAAAACGUUUUGGGUACUAUAUCAGCAAUAUCUAUAUUAAACAUUUAAAAACAAUAACCCUCGUACAUUUUAUUGUUCAAAAUUGCCUGAGUCAGAUAUUAUGUUCGGAAUACUGCGCAACGCCGAAACGCUGUCAGUUAUAUUUUCAUUUUUUAACAUAGGAAUGGUUACAGCUUAGCUGAGUUCGAAAAGUAAAUCGAUAAUGAUAUUACCUACUUAUAUAAUUAGUUAACCGUUUUAAUGUAUUAGAUUUACCAUGUAUUUGGAUACAGAUGAUUUAGUGACGUCCAGUUUAAUUGCAUUUCUAAUCGCUAUUGUAGUGUUUGUCUUUAGUAUUAAAGCAUUCAGAUGGUUGUCUUCUGAAAAUGAUGUGGCUGACAAAGGUUUAUCAUCUCAUGUGUGGGUUGAAAAACCAACUUACAUAUUAAGUGAUCCAAAUGCCUGUACCGUUUGUGAAACAUUAACACAUGGAUCUAAAGUUCGAUAUUGUGAUAAUUGUGAGAUUUUUGUUGACAUAGGCUGUGUAAAAAAAGCUAACAAACGAAUAUGUUGUAAGAUUUUAAGUACCAAUAGACCAUCUAAGACUUUCAUACACCACUGGAACAAAUCUCUGUCAAUUGAUGUUACAUGUUGUGUUUGUUCCUCAGAUGAUGACACUGAUAGUAUUCUUGGACAUUUUUUCCAAUGUUUAUGGUGUAGGAGAUUUUUACAUGCAAAUUGUAUAACUCAAUUUAAUCAGAAAUGUGAUUUUGGAAUAUAUCGUAAAUAUAUUAUACCACCAUUUUGUAUAAAAACAAAUAGUCAAUUAAAAAAUAUAUCCAAGCAAACAAUUGAAAAAGUUAUUCACCCUGGUUGGGAUACGUGGACACCAUUAAUCAUAUUGGCAAACAAGAAGUCUGGUAAUAAUGAUGGAGCACUAAUAAUUUCACGUUUUCGGCGUCUACUAAAUCCUAUUCAGGUGUAUGAUGUUAUUGACUGUCCUCCAGAAAAAGCUUUAAAUUGGUUAAAAACCGCACAACUUGAAUGUGUUUAUAUAUUGGUGGCUGGUGGUGAUGGUACAGUAGCUGGUGUAUUAAACAGCAUUCAUAAUUUACAAUUAAAAAUGGAUCCUGCCGUAGGUAUUAUACCACUUGGUACAGGCAAUGACUUGUCUAGGGUGUUGGGAUGGGGAACUUCAUAUUCUGAUUCUGAUUGUUCUGGAAUAAUGAAUGCUUUUGAUAAUAUUUCAGUUGUUAAAUUAGAUAGAUGGAAAGUGAACAUUUUGUCAAAUGUGUUGAAGAAGAUAAAAAUAACAAACACUAUCACAAUGUAUAAUUAUUUAGGAAUUGGUUUGGACGCUCAAAUAACAUUGGAUUUUCAUCGUACUAGAAAGUCACCAUUAUAUUUAUUUAAUAGUACACUGUUGAAUAAGAUCAUAUAUGUAGGUUGUGGUACACAACAAUUUUUAGAACAUCAGUGUAAAGGACUUCCUGAUAUGAUUGAGUUGUAUAUGGAUGACAAAAAAAUAGUUUUACCAGAUAUAGAAUCCAUUGUAAUUGUGAAUAUUGAAUCUUGGGGUGCUGGUGUAAAUUUAUGGAAAUUAGGAGCUAACGAUGGUAAUGAGUUUGGCGCACAAUUUAUGGAUGAUGGAUUGUUAGAAGUACUUGGUAUACGAUCUUCUGUACAUAUUGCGCAGCUAAAAAUGGGAAUUGCUGAACCUAUAAGAAUUGGUCAAGCAUCUGUAAUCAGAGUAAAAUUAUUGCAAAAAUUACCAGUUCAGGUUGAUGGUGAACCUUGGCUUCAACCAAAAUGUGAAUUGGUGCUUAAGCGAAGUAAUCAAGCUACAGUUUUGAAGUUGUCAAAUGUAAUUUAACAGUACAAUUAUUAUGAUUACCUAUUACUAUUAUUAUUUCUCAUACCGUCCAUUGAUUUUGGGAAGGCUUUUAAAAACAUUGCUGCCUUACAUAAUAGUAUCUACACAUUUUACUUACAACAAUAGUUAUUAUUUAAUAUUUAAAGUUACUUAUAAUUAUAUAGGUAUAUUCAUGUCUGAUUCCCAUAUAAUUUAAUAUUUGGACUUAGCUAAAACUUAUAUCAACUGUUAUUUAAUUUGGGUACCAAAUAUGCAAAUAUUUAUUUUAUUAUUCACUAUUAUUUUUGCAGUAAUUUAGAAACAACUGACAUUUUCAUUUAAUUGUUAAAAUUUUAAAAUUAUAAACAUUAUUUUCUU